CAUCGCCGCGCGCCGGCAGCCUGAGAGCUCGAAGAUGGCAGCGCGCAAGGGUCGGCGACGCACGUGCGAACCCGGGGAGCCCAUGGAGACCGAGACCCCCGACGCAGGGGUAGAGCGUCGCGCGGAGGUCUACCUGCCCGGUCGGGGGCCACCGCUGCGCGAGGGAGAGGAGCUUGUCAUGGACGAGGAGGCCUACGUGCUGUACCACCGCGCGCAGACUGGCUCCCCAUGUCUCAGCUUUGACAUCGUCCGGGACCACCUGGGAGACAAUCGGACGGAACUGCCCCUGACUCUUUACCUAUGUGCUGGGACCCAGGCGGAGAGCUCCCAGAGCAACAGAUUGAUGAUACUUCGAAUGCACAACCUGCAUGGAACCAAGCGCACACCAUCCGAGGGCAGUGAUGAUGAGGAGGAAGAGGAUGAAGAUGAAGAGGAUGAAGAGGACAGGAAGCCUCAGCUGGAGCUGGCUAUGGUGCCCCAUUAUGGUGGCAUCAACCGAGUCCGGGUCUCGAGUCUGGGCGAGGAGCCGGUGGCGGCGGUGUGGUCGGAGAAAGGCCAGGUAGAGGUGUUCAAGCUGCGGCGGCUCCUGCGGGCAGUGGACGAUGCCCAGUCCAUGGCAGCCUUCCUGCGGGAAGAGCAGGCGCUCACGAAGCCCAUCUUCACCUUCGCCGGCCACAUGGUUGAGGGCUUUGCCCUGGACUGGUCCCCCCGGGUACCUGGCCGCCUGCUGACCGGGGACUGUCAGAAGAAUAUCCACCUCUGGACGCCCACCGACGGGGGCUCCUGGCAUGUAGACCAGAGGCCAUUCGCUGGCCACACGCGCUCCGUGGAGGACCUGCAGUGGUCCCCGACAGAGGACACGGUGUUUGCCUCCUGCUCAGCUGAUGCCUCCAUUCGCAUCUGGGACAUCCGUGCUGCCCCCAGUAAGGCCUGUAUGCUCACCACUGCCACUGCACAUGAUGGUGAUGUCAACGUCAUCAACUGGAGCCGCAGGGAGCCCUUCCUGCUUAGCGGUGGGGAUGACGGUGCUCUCAAGGUGUGGGACCUGCGGCAGUUCAAGUCUGGCUCCCCAGUGGCCACCUUCAAGCAGCACGUGGCCCCCGUGACCUCAGUUGAGUGGCACCCCCAGGACAGUGGGGUGUUCGCUGCCUCGGGGGCAGACAACCAGAUCACACAGUGGGACCUGGCGGUGGAGCGUGACGCAGAGGCGGGCGACGCAGAAACGGACCCGGGCCUGGCCGAGCUGCCCCAGCAGCUGCUCUUCGUGCACCAGGGCGAGACGGACCUCAAGGAGCUGCACUGGCACCCACAGUGCCCCGGAGUGCUGGUCAGCACCGCGCUCUCGGGCUUCACUGUCUUCCGCACCAUCAGCGUCUGACACUGCCCACAGGCUCCCGGAGCCACAGUCCCGUCCUCCAGAUCCAAAACUGCUCCUGGCCGGGUCCAGGACCCAAAGGUUGAAGCGCUUGGACAGCCACACUCUGAGGCCUGGGCAGGUCCAGCUCCGUCCACAGACUUGCUCCCUUGGGCUGGUACCUGGCCCACUGCAGCCACACGGCUGAGUCUGACCAUGGUUCUGUAGAGGUACUGGGUGGCCCCUGUGCCCCAGAUUCGCCAGUACCUGCUGUCAGUGUUUGCUCUUUCCCAGGUGCGCCUGGUGUAACCCUUGACUCAUGUCCAUGGCCACUUGCCCCAGAACACUCCAGUGCCUUCGGUGGUCAGAUAAGCCCUCCAGCAAGGGCUCCUGGCCUU